AUGAAGUUGACUGAUGCAAAUAAGGUAGAUAAUGUACAUGGUUUGCUUCAGAGUAAGGCUGAUGGUUGGUUUGAUGGCAUUCGUCGCAGACAUGGAGUUAGAUUGACUUGGGAUCAAUUUAUAUAUGAAUUUCGCCAGGAGUAUUUGUCAGAAAGUUACAGAAAGGGAAAACAGGAUGCCUUUUUCAGGUUGUUUCAAGGAAAUCUCUCAAUAAGAGAGUAUGUUGACAAGUUUGAAGAUCUCUAUUACUUUGUUUCAGACAUACUGCCUUCUGAGGAAGCUAAAUGUGACAGAUUCAGACAGGGUCUACAUGUUAAUAUUAGAUCAUCUAUGACCUGGUUCAGAGGUAAUAAUUUUAGAAAGUUGGUGGAAGCAACCUUAAACGUUGAGAAUGUUAAGCAAGAAGAGAAAGAAUAUGAGCAGAGGAUGAAGCAACAGGUUACUCGACUACAGUUUAGUCAAAGUUCAGUAGCACAACUAGUGAGUAGUUCCUUUGGGACACAGAAACGUGGGCAAGGACAAGGAUAUAAUUUUGGGUUCGAACAAAGAAAGAAACAUUUUCCUCAAUGUGUCACUUGUGGUAAAUAUCAUGCUGGGGAGUGCAGAAAAUUCGAUAAGGAUUGUUUUGAAUGUGGUUCUUCGGGGCAUUUUAAGAAUGAUUGUCCAUUGCUGAUAGCUAGAGACAGUGGUUCUCAGCAAUGA